AUGGGAUCUAAGUCAGUUGAAGUCAGCAGGCAGCCCUGUUUACUGUGCACACCAAUCUGUACCAUGAGAAGAGGAGGUGGUGAGUCCACUGAGGAUGAUGUCUUUGCCCAUCCUGAUGAGUGUGGUCUUAUUCCCAAAUUGCUCCUUCAGUUACUGGGUGCCUCUCCCACCCCACCCCCUCCCUACCCCCACUCCAGCAAUAUCAAGUCAGGGCUCUGGUGGCGGCGGCUCCCUCCCGGCGGGUGGGCGGCCCUUCACGGCUCCGAGCUGUGGCCCGGGCCCAGGGUCGCCCUGGAGUUGUCCGGCUGUGGGGUCUAUGACAGGACCGAAAUCCACGAGGCCUCUGUGGUCCUGGUGCACCAGAGCCGUGGCGGAGCCGAGGUCCAGAUUUUUGCCCCCGAUUUUCCUCAGAUGCACGUGGUUGACCACGUGAAGGGCCAGCCUUCUGAGAGCAAGAGCAGGAAUGUUUUGGCUGAAUCGGCAAGAACUGCCCGAGGCAAGAUUACCAGCCUGGCCCAGCUCAGUGCCUCCAACCACGAUGCCGCCAUCUUCCCCGGAGGAUUUGGAGCUGCCAAGAACCUGAGCACCUUUGCCGUGGACGGGAAAGACUACAAGGUGGAUAAGGACGUGGAGCAAGUCCUGAAGGAGUUUCACGCUGCCAGGAAACCCAUCGGCCUGUGCUGCAUCGCGCCCGUGCUCGCAGCCAAGGUUCUCAGAGGCGUCGAGGUCACGGUGGGCCACGAGCAGGAAGAAGGCGGCAAGUGGCCAUACGCCGGGACUGCUGAGGCCAUCAAAGCCCUGGGCGCCAAGCAUUGUGUGAAGGGCGUGACUGAAGCUCAUGUGGACCAGAAGAACAGGGUGGUCACUACCCCGGCCUUCAUGUGUGAGACCGCUCUUCACCACAUCCACGACGGGAUUGGGGCCAUGGUGAAGAAGGUGCUGGAACUCACGGGGAAGUGACGCGCUGGCAGCUGCGUGGGCCUCCUGGGUAGGAAGCCGUCGGGCCACCAUGAUGGUCUGGGACCAAGGCUGGAGCUGCCGCUCUGCCUGCUGAGGCCGCCCCGCCGCAUCUGGAGCUCAGCUCUGCCUCCUUUGCGGGCUGGAGGAAGACCGAGCCCCCCUGGACCCUGAGUGCCCCCGCCACUGUGCGCCCUGAACACUGAGCCCCAGCCCCACUUCUCCAGCCAGAGAACCCAAGAGAUGCCCGCCACCCUCUCAGCUUUGGGCCUUCUGGAUGCCCAGUUUUUAAAGACAC